AUGCGAAUAGCCAAGGAUGUUUGGGAAAUUCUUCGGACAACUCAUGAAGGUACAUCUAAAGUGAAUAUGUCAAGACUUCAGCUUCUCACUUCUAAAUUUGAAAAUCUGAAGAUGAAUGAUGGUGAGAUCAUCCAGGAAUAUCAUAUGAAGGAGGGAAGUAUUUUGAAGCAUCUUAGUCUUUUGGCAUUGGAUCAAAGAAUAAGAAUCCAGCAGAGUUAUCAAACCCUAACAACAUUUAAACCCUUGAAGUUUAACAUGCAGGAUCUUGUUCAAGUUAGAAGCUUUAGAAAUGGUUAUUAUAACAACCAUGAGGAACCUGUUGUUGUUUAUUCUUCAUCAGAAAACCCUAACUUCUUUACUACUUUGAAUCCUUUGGAGUAUCAGGAGCAACUUGGUGCAAGUGCAGAAGAAUCAAGUAGGUUAUUCAUGAUGCAACAUCAUCAUCAUCAACAGCAGCAGCAGUAUGGUUCAUAUGCUAAUUCUUUGACUGAUUUUCAUUCUCCUCAACAAAAGCAAGUGAGUGAUUUUGGAAACUGGAGAAACAGUACUGUUCAACAUCAAGUCACUGAUAGGUUUUUAAAUAAUGCAACAAAUUAUCUUCCAUGUGUUUAUGGCGGUGAUAAGCAACUAGGUCAAGUCAUGCAUCAUACUCCUACUUCUUCAGCACUGUUUCAGAAUCAUCAUUCUUUGCAAGAUAUUGUCAAGUCCAUCACUUCCAAUGGCUCAGAUUCUCACAUGACAUCACUCAUGCAUCAUAACCAUGGUCAAGAGAUUUGUGUAGUGAAUGCUUCUGAACUUCAACACCAACCAAAUCAGUUUGAGUUUGGAUGGAAAAAUCAAUCAGAUUCAAAUCCACAAAGCUUAUCAUUAUCACUCUCAUCUAAGGCUCAUGUUUCUCAGUUUAAAGAGGAGGAUCCAUAUGUGAAGCCUUCUUUUGUUACUAGAGAUUAUGGAAAACCACUUCAAGAUUUGGUGGUUGGAGUAAUACCUAAUUCAAAGACUACUACUAGUUAUGGAAAUGUGGGUCCACUUGGCCCUUUCACUGGUUAUGCCACUAUUCUUAAGAAUUCAAGAUUCUUAAAGACUGCCCAAAAUUUGUUAUCAGAAGUUUGCUGUCCAAAAUCUGUGUCAAUAUGUGAUGUUACAGAAACUGAAGUUGCUUCUAUAGAAAGUCAUUCAUGUUCAUCACCCUCUAUGUUUCAUGGUACAAAAGAAAAUAGAGCUGAUUGGGGAUCUAGAAGUAGUUUUGGUGUUUCUUUGCAGCCAGAUUAUCAACAAAAUAAAGCAAAACUUGUGUACAUGCAAGAAGAGGUCAACAGAAGAUACAAGCAGUACCAACACCAAAUGCAAAUGGUAUUUUCAUCUUUUGAAUCAGUAGCAGGUCUUAAUUCAGCCACUCCUUACAUCACCUUGGCUUUGAAGUUAGUAUCAAAACACUUCAAGUGCCUAAACAAUUCUAUUUCAAAUCAGCUCAAACUUAUAAGUGAAGUCAUGCAGAACGAUUCUUCCAUAGCCACCAUAAACAAUAGUACUCACCUUGUUGACACUAAUAAUGUGGCAAGCGUAAGGUGGAUGGACCAAAGCAUGCAAAAGAACAAACUUGAAAAGGUUAUAACAGGUUUCCAUGAUCCACAGCAACAUCAUGUUUGGAGGCCUCAAAGAGGCUUUCCCGAACGCGCGGUUGCGAUCCUUAGAGCUUGGUUGUUUGAACAUUUUCUUCACCCUUAUCCUACCGACACUGAUAAACACAUGUUGGCUACUAAGACAGGUCUUUCAAGAAACCAGGUAUCAAAUUGGUUUAUCAAUGCCCGUGUUCGGGUGUGGAAGCCUAUGGUUGAGGAAGUACACAUGCUUGACCAAAAAACAACCGGUAACGAUGAGAAUUCCAAUCGAAAUGAAGGAACUUCCAGCACUGAAGGUGGCUCAUACAACCAGGAUAAAAUGGAUAAAACAAUGAACAGAUUUUUCUUGCAUUCAAUACCUGAAAACCAAAUUCAGGAUAUGGAGUUUGGUACAUCUAUAGAUAAAAAUGCAGAUGAAAUUGAGUUGAAUGAAGCUGAACAAUGGAGACAAGAGAAGCGGUCGAAAUUGGAAUGGGAGAUGAGUUCAAGAAUGGAUGGAACACUGAUGGAUUUUUUGCCAUAUAGACAUAGUGGACAUGAUGUUGGAGGAUCACUUGGGUCUGUUUCAUUGACAUUAGGUCUUAGGCAUGGUGUUGAAGGUGUACAACACCAAGAUGUUCAAUUUAGACAUCAUCAUCACCUUGGUGGGCAAAUGAUACAUGACUUUGUAGGAUGAUGAAUACAUUGAUGACUUUGUAGGAUGAUUAUCUUGCCUUGUAAUUUGGUCUUGAACAUUGAAAUGAAAGUAGAUAAAGCUUGCUUCCAAU